UAUACGGAAGUUUCGCGUCACAAGCUUGGCUAACAUGCGAAGCUAUUAGCACUUAUGGGCAUUUAAAAACAAAAAACAUUACCGCCUUCAAAGUGCUCCAUGAAGAACAUAUACGUAUAUAUUCCACAUUUAAAACCAACAAUACUUCAAGUUAACAUUUGUUGGCGUUGCGUGGCACUUCUCUGCAGGCUAAGGUAGCUGACUAGCUAAUGCUUCUUUAUCCCUGCUGAUAAAAUGAUCAAAGCCAAAAUACUCCUAAUUGGUCCAAACGAGAGUGGGAAAAGCGUCCUUGCAAACUUUCUUGCGGAUGCAACCGAAAAUGUGGGAGGUGAAUACAGACCCACUCAAGCAGUCAGGAUACUGGAAUUCGAAUCCCAACUAGAAGGCAGUGGUGACAUAAAGUCAUGCGAGGUGGAGCUGUGGGACUGUUCCGGUGAUUUCAAAUAUGAGUCAUGCUGGCCUGCGCUUAAGAAGGACUGCAGCGGCAUGGUGAUCAUUUUUAAUCCCGACGUCCCCAGUCACCUCAAAGAAAUCGAGACCUGGCACUCCAUGUUCAUCUCCUCCCAGGGUUUGCAGGACAGCCAGUGUCUGCUCAUAGCUCACCACAAGCCCGGCAGUGCAGCAGAAGAAGGUCGGCUGGCUUUAGUGUCACACCUGAGCAGACUUCCACUUAUUCACUCUGAUGUUGAGGAAGAACCCGAGGACCUGAGGAGAGCUUUUUGCAGCUACUUGGGAAAGGUUGUAAAUACACUUUCGGAAAGUCGUGAGAGGGAGGAAAUGUCCAUCAUCACCUAGCAGCAUACUAAAUAUGAACAUGUAUCUUUUUCUUAACAUUUCACGUGCGUAAAUUAUAAUUUUUUUACCUCUCCAGAAAUUAUAUACUUGUUUGUGUUCAUUCACAACAUGUAAGCCUUGCACAGAAAAGGACCAGUUAGCAAUACAUUCUCAAGAUACUGUAUGUACUUUAAAAUGUCUUUUUGUAUUAAACCUCACAAGUAAAUCCAUGAAGUACACUAGUACCCACUAGUACCCAACGAGUAAACAUCCUCAAAAGAAAACACAACCAGACGAUGACUAAAAAGUCGUAUUUUGCAACUAAAAUUUGGGACGUUUUGAGUACAUUUUUGUCUACUCAUUAAUGUGCGACCAGUUAAUCUGUUUGGCUUUUUAAAAGAUGAAUUUACCUAGAUUAUGUGAUUGGAAAGUACUGUAGUUCUCGCUCUCUCGCGCACGCGCAUGUGUGUGCUACCAGAAUGGAGCUGGCUUUCUGUACAUGUGUCAGUCUCCACGGCGGAAUUGCUAAAUGUUUGCUGUAUGCACAUCGCUAGUAGCUAUUCAAGCUAAUAUGUAUCCAUGUUCAGUGGCUGUAACUUUAGCAACAAUCUCAAUUGUUGUCGAGUAAUUGUUGUCAUGAAUGUGGAGAAAACCAGACAACUGUGUCUACUGCUAGUGGCUAUUAAAGACAUAAAGUACAGUACAUAUGAAUGGAGGAAGCCAAAUGGUCGUACUUGGUGAUAAAAGUAGCCUUCUCACUGUGGUGACCUGUAUUGUUUCUGUGCAAAUUGCUUGCCAUCCAGGUCAAAAUGGUCAUCAUAUAUUGAACAGAGGGCAACCGUUGUGUCUGGCAGGUAAUUGGUUUGCGUAAUCACGUCAACGGAGACAUAUUUGAUCACACCAUCCUCCUCAUGCGCAUUUGCAGCCGAGACACGGAGACAUGUUGCCAUGGCUUUCAACAUUACUGACAUGACAAAGCGAUCCCACCUGAAAUGUUUCCACACGGCACAGUGGAGGGGGCGCCAUCAUGAUCUGAGAUGCUUUUUUUUUGUCACUGGAACAAUGGAGCUUCAGGUUGUGCAGGGGCGUCAAACGGCCGCUGGAAAUGUUGCAAGGGGCAUCCCUCAACCCUGAAGGCCCUCGUCUGUGUGGUAAUGACUGGGUUUUUCAACAGGACAACGCUUCAGUUCACAAUGCACGCCUGACAAAGGACUCCUUCCAGAGGGAUAGCAUCACUCUUGGACUACUAUGCGUGUUCCUCUGAUCUAAAUCCAAUUGAGAACAUUUGGGGAUGGAUAUCAUUUCCCUCCGUGAAGCCAUCUUCACCACCUGGAGCAAUGUUUCCACUAGCCUCCUGGAAACAGUGGCAUUAAGCAUGCACAAAACAAUUUUUGCAGUGAUUAACAAGAAUGGCGGAGCGACUCAUUACUGUCCUUUUUUGAAAAUUUUAUAUUGGGGGGGGGGAGGAAACCCACGCACACACGGCGAGAACAUGCAAACUCCACACAAAUGCCCAACGGAGAUUCGAACCCAGAUCUUCCCGAUCUCCUGACUGUGACUGUGUGGCCAACAUGCUAACCACUAGACCACCGUGCAGCCCGUUUACGAUCAUUUGUUUGCUCAGAUAUUUUUAUCUCACUCCCAUUUCUUCUUUUUGCAUUUUGAAGCUCUCCUUUAGAACCUCCUUAAAAUUCAAUAGUGCCAAAUGCCAAAUGUAAAUUCUUAAAAGUGUGUGUACAUCAUAAGUACACACCCACAAAUGAGAAAGCAUCAGAAGGUAUGCAUCCUCACAAAUAAACAUCUUCAUAAGGAUCUUAGGUAAAUGUAUUCACAAGAAGCUUACCUCACAAGUACGUCUUCACAAGUAAACAUCCACUCAUGGAUAUUUCCUCUCCAGUGGUAAUUUCUGAACAGUAUUAUACAGGGGUGUUCAAAGUGUGCCCCUGGGGCUGUUUAUGGCCCAUGGCUGUUUUUUUUUAUUUUUAUCGGCCCUCGGCACAUUUUAAACAUACAAUAAAACAAGAAAAUUAACAAAAA